AUGAACAUCAGUCUCCGCUCCAGUCAAUCGUCCUACGGAAACCCCCGUUAUAUGUCAACCACCACCGUUCCCGAUCUCCAUGGACCCCCAGCGCAGUCAGUGGUGGAUGGCUACCGUGAUGAAGUCCACCACCAGAAUGGUCAAGCGCACUACGAGCCGCUCGAUGCGACCCAAUCUUCAAAGUCGGGCCAGCUCAACCUGAGCGACCCGGUGACAAUGUACCUUUUGACCGAGACCGCCAUCGAAGACAGCAGCAGAUACGAGAUCCUACCGUUCGAGGAAGUAGAGCACCUCAAAAAGGAACGCAACAUUCUCAAGCCCCGGAUCGACAGCAUCAAACGCAAACUCGCAUUGGAGACAAAACUCCGAGACGCGGCCCAAAUUCUCGGAAAAUUGGACAGGCCUCCCAGCCCACGGAGCAGCAGUGAGUACGGCGGUCAUGCUUCACUCGGCGUUGUGAGUCUGGAAAAGAGCGACUCGGAAUUGGCCGUCAGUCAGAGGCGAUGCGACGAGCUAGCACAGGAACUACGAAAUCUGGAAGGCAGAUCAAGCGAGAUCUCUCGGCGUCUGCUUGAACACACUGCGGGUGUCCUGCAGAUAACCCACAAGGGACUGAAGAAAGCUCGUACUGACGAGCAGAGGCACGAGAAACCAGAGGACGACCUUGAAUUUGAUGAUCGCAGCUUGUAUCGAACCCCCGAGCAUUUGGACCAUUUCGGAACCCAUGGAAGGAUCGAGGUUUCUGCCCCAAGCGCGACAAUAGACAGCCAGUCGCAGAGGCGGCUCGAGGAUCUCAGCGACCGCCUGUGUCAGCUACUGGUGCAAGCCAACCCCGACGAAUUUGUGGAGCCACCACCACAUCCUGGCGCACCUUCAUCUUCAAUCGAAACACAUCUUGCUUAUCUAGAAAAUGGAGUGGAUUCUCUACGUUUGUAUGGCUCGACCAGAGCCGUGCCCCCCGACACCAAAGGUUCGUCUGCAGAGACAGAAGACGUCUCCAAAGCCCAGCUCAUGGAGAUCAACAGCCGGGUGCAGGGCAUCGUCGACCGAUUCGGCUUGACUCGGUCUCCAGCCCUCCCUCCGCCACCGGAGCUCUCAGAUAGUGAAGGCUUGCAGGAACAACUCUCCUAUCUCCAAGCGGGUGUGGACGCCCUAGCUAGCCGGGUAGAUGGUUUACUUGAGCAAAAGAGUAUUUUGACUACGCAGAUCCAACAACAGCGUGAGCUCAACAACAAGUCGGACGCCGAACGUGAUGCUCAUAUUGCCGACUUGACGGAACAGUUGGCUCAGAUGCGUCGGAACUUCGAGGCUUCUGAGCAGGAGAGUAGAACCUAUCAAGAUCAGGUGGAAGCUACCACACAACAAAUGGAGGCUCUGCGCAAUGACGGUUCCUCAACGGAAAAAGUGAAGGCGUCUCUGGUGCAAGCCGAGGGUGAAAUCAGCCGCUUGCAGGGAGUGGUGGACUCACUUCACAGUGAAGCCGACUUGCGUGCCGAGGAAGUUCGAGAAAUACAUGACCGCACAGAGGAAGCCAAAGAGGCUUAUGAGCGUGCGACGCAAGAGAUCGCCCAUCUCGAAGCAGAGAUUCAGCAGCUACGCACCGAAUCUACCACUCGUUUGGAAGAUGCACAUGGUCAGCGCGAACAAAUGGAUGCUCAGCUCAAGACGGCAUGUGAUCAGCGUGACGAAUUUGAGGCACAGUUGAAGCAGCUUGUCGACCAACGUGACCGCGACGACGCCCAACUCAAUGAUCUUGUCGGCCAACGUGAUCAGGCUGACGCUCAGCUGAAGCAAGUCACUGCUGAACGAGAGCAAGUCGAAUCUCAAGUGAAGGAGGCUCUUGCGCAACGGGACCAAGCCGAAGAAAGGUCUGCCCAGAUGCAAAGAGAAAUGACCGAGCUCGAAGGCGAAGUGGUCCGAAUUACCACGGAACUCACCAUGGUCAAGGCCGAACUCGACGGAGCCUAUGGCACCCGAGCGCAAAGGGCUGCUGAGGUCGCAGCAAACCCUGAGAUCCAGAUGGAGCUCGAUCAUCUUCGGACGCGCAAUAUCGAGUUGACGGAGGAGCUUGCGGUGCUCAAGGGCCAGAAAGGUAGCGGCAAUCUUCAACAACGUGCAGAUACCCUCGAGAGAGAACUUCGCGAGACUCUGGACGAUUAUGAAGCGAUGACCAAGGCAAGCAUUGAAUUCGAGAAGGAAAGAGAGCAGUUUGAGAGGCUCCUCGACACAAUGCGUGAUCGGUGCGAGCAGCUGGAGCAACAGCUAAGCGAGGAACGUAUCAACUGGAUGAACUUGAACAGUCCAGGCUCCGUGGGCCGCGAGGGGUCCGAGACGACCUCACUUAUGGUUCUGAAGAAUGAAUUCAAGAAGAUGAUGCGUGAUACACGUAACGAGAAUAUGAAAAAUCUGAAGAGAGAACAAGAGGAGCGGCGCAGGCUCGAAGGACUCCUCCGAGCUCUCAGGAAAGAGCACGCCCAAGUCACCGGCAAACCUUUUGCCAGCCCUGUGGGUACCCCGUCAUGA